CUGAACUGAACGGAACUGUUGCUCGGGAACUACCGAGAAUCGGCGACUUUCAUUUGGGCACACAUUUACUGUGUUCACUACAUUCUGAGUUACAACCGCUACAUCUACGUGUUCACCGAGAGAAUUUUAAUCCGCGGAGUCUUGAAUUUAUAAACUAGCAGAGAAUGACUCGGUUACGUACUCAUCCGUCCUAGAUUUAGCCGCACGGUAUGCCACUUCUGCUCAACACACCUGCACACACGUUAAAUCCCCUGAUGAUGGAUAACAUGAAAUAUAAGGUAAUGGAGGACUGCACCUGUACAGAGAAGAGGCUGCGCAUGAAGGCUUGAGUUCAUCCACCUCACCUGUUCAUCCACACCAGCAAUGGGAAGGAUUAGUAUUUCCUGCCUGUUUCCAGCAUCCUGGCACUUCACCCUGUCUCCGUUGGUGCUGCCCCGGUUCCUGUUGCCUUCCUUCAGGCAGUUGCUGCUGCUGGGUCUGCUGGCUGGAGUAAUGGGGCUGCUGUACCUGCUGCUGGUCACGGGGAAGGGCCAGUACAGCUGGAUAAGAGAAGAUAGGCACUACCACACACGUUUGGGUCGUGUGCCGGACAUGGAGGCCACGGACAUCAAUAACCCCAACCUGAACUAUGGGCUGGUGGUGGACUGUGGCAGCAGUGGUUCCCGUGUGUUCGUAUACACCUGGCCCCGGCAUAACGGCAACCCACACGAACUGCUGGACAUCAAACAGAUGAGAGACAAGCACAGGAAGCCUGUAGUGAUGAAGAUCAAGCCAGGUAUCUCCGAGUAUGCAUCCACACCAGACAAAGCCAGUGACUACAUCAGCCCUCUCCUCAGUUUUGCUGCUCAGCACAUCCCGAAAAACAAGCACCAGGAGACCCCUCUGUACAUCUUGUGCACUGCAGGGAUGAGAGUCCUGCCUGAAAGCCAGCAGGAGGCCCUGUUGGAGGAUUUGCGGACUGACAUUCCUGUGAAUUUCAACUUCCUGUUCUCUGACUCCCAUGUGGAGGUCAUCUCAGGCAAACAGGAAGGAGUAUAUGCAUGGAUAGGAAUCAACUUUGUUCUAGGGCGUUUUAAUCAUGUCGAAGAUGAAAAUGAGGCAGUAGUGGAAGUGCAGGUUCCUGGCAGUGACCAGCAGGAGACACUAGUGCGCAAACGUACGGCCGGCGUGUUGGACAUGGGUGGCGUCUCCACUCAGAUCGCUUAUGAAGUGCCCAAAACUGUAAGCUUUGCUUCUCCACAACAGGAGGAGAUAGCCAAAAAUUUACUGGCGGAGUUUAACCUGGGUUGUGACGCACACCAGACUGAACAUGUGUAUCGUGUUUACGUCUCAACAUUUUUGGGUUUCGGGGGAAAUGCAGCUCGUCAGAGAUAUGAGGAAAACCUCAUCAGCAACACACAAAUCCAAAACAAGCUGCUGGGUCAACAUCAAGGUGAAAGCGCCGACUCUCCUGUCCUGGACCCCUGCUUGCCACCUGACCUCCAGGACGAGGUGGGAACUCUAGACCAGAGAGUUCACCUGAGAGGCACUGGAGACUUCAACCGCUGCCGCCUCCUGCUCCAGCCAUUUCUAAACCACACCAAUGACACCAACACAUCACUUAAUGGAGUCUAUCAGCCACCCAUUGACUUCCACAACAGCCAGUUCUAUGGCUUCUCUGAGUUUUACUACUGUACUGAAGAUGUACUGCGCAUGGGAGGGGACUACAACUCCACCAAAUAUGCCAAUGCAGCUAAGAAUUACUGUGCCACCCAGUGGAAAACUCUGAAAGAGCGUUUUGAUCGGGGUCUGUAUGCCUCGCAUGCUGAUCUACACAGACUGAAAUAUCAGUGCUUCAAGUCUGCAUGGAUGCACGAGGUGCUCCACUCAGGUUUUGCGUUCCCGCCGGCGUAUGAGAAUCUCAGGACGGCCCUGCUGGUCUAUGAUAAAGAAGUGCAGUGGACACUAGGAGCCAUUUUGUACCGCACACGUUUUCUACCUCUAAGGGAUAUUCAGCAGGAGAGUCUGAAGGGUUCUCACACCCACUGGCAUCACAGCUUUUCCUUCAUGAAUAACCACUAUCUCUUCCUGGCUUGUUUUCUGGUGGUGGUUUUGUCCAUCCUCCUGUACCUGCUCCGUUUGAGGCGCAUACACCACCGCUCGACACUCCACCGUGGUGCCUCUGCUUCCGUCCAGUGGCUAGAGGAGGGCCUGGGUUCACCAGACCUUCCAGUUACCCUAUAGGGU